AUGGUUCCCGCAAUUCCAUAUUCUUUUGGCAGUGUUGCCAUUUUUGCCGUUUCUUCCUCUACCCCAAGCAAAGAAAUCCAUGUAUCUAGGUGCAAUGCUUAUGGAAGACCUCGGAAGCCAUCUCUAUUUCAGCAAAGGGUUAUGCUUCCCCAGUCUCUGACAUUUACACUGAUGCAAAAGUACAGGAGAAGCAGUGGUCUGAAGUCCAGGUCAAAGAUCCAAGGGUUAGCCUCUGUAGAGACUGAUGUAGCAACAGACGAGCCGAAUCCGGCCGUUGCAGGUGAAGCUGAUAGUGAAACCUCGGUUCUCCCACUAGCAUCUCUUUCCACAGGUGGUGAAACCUCCUCAUCUGGCCCCGGAACGACGACUUCUAAUCAGGGCAAACGCACAAGGGCGGUGAGGAAGAGCGAGAUGCCUCCGGUAAAGAACGAGGAACUGCUGCCCGGUGCAUCUUUCACGGGGAAAGUGAGGUCCAUCCAACCAUUUGGUGCCUUUGUUGACUUUGGGGCCUUCACCGACGGCCUCGUCCAUGUUUCCAACUUGAGCAGCGGUUUUGUCAAGGACGUGGGAAGCUUUGUCUCAGUUGGACAAGAAGUGAAAGUGAAGAUACUGGAGGCAAACAUGGAAACUGGACGUAUUUCCUUGACUAUGCGUGACGGUGAUGAGACCAACAGGUCAUCACAGAGGGCAGAAGCUUCUGAUAAUUUCAACAGCGACAAACCCAGAACCCCUAGGAAAAAUGGUUCAAGGCCCAACCAGAAGCGGGACGGCAACCAGAAGACCUCAAAGUUUGUGAAGGGGCAAGUUUUGGACGGCACUGUGAAGAAUCUAACUAGAUCAGGGGCCUUCAUUAACCUCCCUGAGGGUGAGGAAGGUUUUCUCCCCACAUCAGAGGAAUCUGAAGGAUUCAGUGUCUUGGGAAGCUCCUCACUGCAGGUGGGUCAGGAAGUCAAUGUCCGGGUCCUGCGGAUUACAAGGGGACAGGUGACCUUGACAAUGAAAAAGGAAGAGGACCUUGCGGAGUUAAACAAGAUACUCAAUAAGGGGGUGGUGUAUGCAGCGAGCAACCCUUUUGAGUUGGCAUUCCGUAAGAACAAAGACAUCGCAUUAUUUCUGGACGACAGGGAGAAGCUGAAGAAAUCUCCUGAACCAGUGGCCGUAUCAGAGACUCUGGAAAACGUCGAAGAAGCAGUCACUGAAACCCCAGCAGAAUCUGUGGUUCCUGCAGCUUCGACCUCCACUGAGGAGAAGUCUGAGGAAGAAGCUGAAGUGGAUCCAGUUUCAUCUGAGAAUGAUGUUUCUAGUUCGUCAUCAGAGACUGGGUCUUCUCUUGAAACCCCUUCAGACGAGGAGACCAGCGUAGAAAGUCCAGUCUCUGAGGAUGCAAGUGAACCCAUUACUGAAAACAAAGCUGUUGCCGAAGAAGAACCUGAAGAUUCUGUCCUCCAGGAUGAGGGAUCUUCAGACGGGGCUGCUGCAGAUGAAGUGAACGAAACUAACUCUGUGGCUGCAGCCGUGACAGAAGCUGAGGAGAGCCCUGAAGAACAGGUUGCAGAGGAAUCUUCAUCUGCUGCAGAAUCUGCAGCAGAUGGUCCUUCUGCCGAAGGGGCUGACUCGGGGCAAACUGCAUCAUCAGAUGCCCCACCUGUGGAGGAAACUGCAAGGAGUUCUGCUGGUGCCUCACCAGGUGAGAGAGUGAUCCCUGUCUGAUCAUUACUUGAUGGCAUCUGCUUCGAAAGAUGCAACCAGCGGCUGAUCUCUUUUACCCAAAUGCUACUGCCUCCUCAAGCACAUGACUAUUGUAGCCCCCCCUGUGAGAGUUCCUCCUCUAAAGGGUUGAAGACAUCAUCAGAAGUCACGCCCUUUCUUUUCUAAUUUUUGAAUUCGAUUUUGCGAGAGGAAAACUAAACUCUGACCUUAAGUUUGAUUGUUUCUCAGUGAUCACCAGUGAUGAUUUCUAUCUUAUUCUCAUUUCCUCUCAGCAAGUAAAUGAACAUAAAUCAUGAACCAGUUGCUUCAAUUAUUUUUCUGCUUGCAAAUUUGGGCGGAAAAAUAUUACAUUCCAACCUUUUUUUUUUCUUUUUUUUUUUUCGCAUCUUCCUUCUGUCCAAUGCCGUGGAAGCUGUCAGAGUGUUGCUAGGUGUUUGAAUUAUUGUCUGAAUUGAAAUCCAGCUACUGAUUUGACAUUUUCUUGUGGGAGAAAGGGCAACUUUGCCCAGAAAAUACCUUGUCCCUUUUCAUAUCAUUAACAACUAAGCACUAGAUCAAUUCUAUUGCUGUAAUCAUCUUCUUCUUGGUGUCUGCCGAACUGCAGCUGCCAUCUCCUCAUCUCUUGUGAAGCAGCUCCGUGAUGAGACCGGAGCAGGGAUGAUGGACUGCAAGAAGGCUCUGACAGAGACCGGCGGCGACCUCGCCAAGGCCCAGGAGCUCCUGAGGAAGAAGGGCCUCGCGAGCGCCGACAAGAAGGCGAGCAGAGCCACGGCAGAGGGAAGGAUCGCCUCCUACAUCCACGACAGCCGGAUCGGAGUCCUCUUAGAAGUCAACUGCGAGACGGACUUCGUCUCGAGGGGCAGCAUAUUCAAAGAGCUGGUCAACGACAUCGCCAUGCAGGUCGCCGCCUGCCCACAGGUGGAGUACCUGAACCCCGAGGACAUCCCCGAGGAGAUGGUCAACAGGGAGAGGGAGAUCGAGAUGCAGAAGGAAGACCUCCUGUCGAAGCCCGAGCAGUUCAGAUCGAAGAUCGUGGACGGCAGGAUAAGGAAGCGACUGGAGGAGCUGGCCCUCCUCGAGCAGCCAUAUAUCAAGAACGACAAGGUCGUCGUCAAGGACUUGGUGAAGCAGACCAUCGCCACUGUUGGGGAGAACAUCAAGGUGAGGAGGUUCGUCCGGUUCAACCUCGGCGAAGGCCUGGAGAAGAAAAGCCAGGACUUUGCGGCGGAGGUAGCAGCCCAGACUGCGGCGAAACCAGUGGAGGCCCCAGCGAAGAAGGAGGAGCCCCUCGAAGCCAAGGAAGCAGCUGCGGACAAGUAUGCAACUUGGGGGCCCCAGUCUGAUACAACAUGAUUAAUAUGGUUGAUUGAUGUCGAGUUAAGUGUGAUACUAAAUAUGGUUUUUUUUUUUUUUUUUUUUUUUUUGGGUGCAGACCUCCGGCGGUGGCGAUAUCGGCGGCUUUGGUCAAGCAGCUCCGGGAGGAGACCGGCGCCGGCAUGAUGGACUGCAAGAAGGCUCUCAUGGAGACCGGCGGCGACCUCGAGAAGGCGCAGGAGUAUCUGAGGAAGAAGGGGCUCUCAUCAGCCGACAAGAAGGCCUCUCGGGUGGCCGCCGAGGGCCGGAUCGGUUCCUACAUCCACGAUUCCCGGAUUGGGGUCCUGAUCGAAGUCAACUGCGAGACUGACUUUGUGGGCCGGAGCGAGAAGUUCAAGGAGCUGGUGGUUGACUUGGCCAUGCAGGUGGCGGCGUGCCCGCAAGUGCAGUAUGUGUCCGUGGAGGAGAUUCCGGGUAGCCUGGUGACCAAGGAGAAGGAGAUCGAGAUGCAGAGGGACGACUUGGCCUCAAAGCCGGAGAACAUAAGGGAGAAGAUUGUGGAAGGGAGGAUCUCAAAGCGUCUGGCGGAGCUUGCCCUCCUGGAGCAGCCCUUCAUCAAAGACGACAGCUUGCUGGUCAAGGACCUGGUGAAGCAGACUGUGGCGGCGCUCGGCGAGAACAUCAGAGUCCGGAGAUUCGUCCGCUUCACUCUUGGGGAGACCACAGACUGA